AUGUCCUUCUUCGCACGACAACAGCAACCUGCAUAUACCAAAUUGAGCAAGAAUCAAAUAGAAAGGUUUACUACCACAGACGACUUCGUUGUCAUAGCGCACUUGCACGAAGACGACGAGGAAUUGCUCAGUCGAUUCUCCACAACUGCCGAAGCGUAUAGAGAUCGCUACUCAUUCGGGUAUUCGACCGACGUUGCGCAACAAGACGCGAGCAGAUUAACAUGCUACAAUAACAUUGACAACCUGGAGCACUCAGAGGCAGAACUAGACCAAAGCGGAGUCAUUGAACGAUUCCUCGAGACUUGCAAGGAACUAUUGAUUCCGCAAUUGACGCGGAGGACAGAGCUCAAGUACAGGCGGCCCGGGAAGUCGUUGGUGUACUAUUUUACUGGCGAAGAGUCCGACCGAGACUUGUACGUGAAGAGGAUGAAGCCGCUUGCCAGGACAUACCACGAAUAUUUAAGGUUUGUGACAGUUGACAGUACCGAAUAUGCCGACAUGUCGCGCGGCAUGGGCCUGGAAUUGGAGAGAGGUCUCGUGGUGGAAAACACACACGGCGGUCAGCUCUUCCCAUACCGCGGCUCAGGUGGUAUUGGGAUCGGAGAGGUUGAAAACUUUAUUACGGCAAUUUCGCAGGGAGCAGUUCAGCCCUGGACAGGGCACCGUGAUGACUCCGCAAAAGACACAGGUGGCUGGAGCAAACACAAUGUGCGCGAUGAACUCUGA